AUGAUGGCUUUGAUGCUAAAAAAGUUGGAUACUUUGAGUCCUUUUUCUACUAAAUCUGCUGGCAAGAAGGAGAAAGUUGAGAGCUCGAGGAAUGUCGAUGGAGUUAUAAGGAACAAAGGUUUGUUUGGUCAGAGUCAGAGGAAGUUUAGGAAGAAUGAUUGCGAUGACGAAAACGAUAAUGGGAAGAUGAAAGGUUGGAUUGAUUUGAGGAGAACAGGAAGCAGUGCUUCGUUAGGAAACCAUGAUAUCAAAUUGACGAAACGAGCGAACCGUAUUGUCACCGAUGAAGAGCUUUAUCCUCCUCUGGAUAUCAAUGUGGUUAGAGAAGAUCUUAGUAGAAGAAAAAUCAGUGGAAAAUAUUUUGAUGAGUCUUGUUUAUCUCCUUUGACUCUAAAAGCUCUUUCUGCUUCUGGCAUUGUUAAGAUGACUAGAGUACAAGAUGCUACUCUCUCUGAGUGUGCCUUGACGCUUCCUGCUAUUGAAACAGUUGUGAAAGCUAUGAGAAGCAGUGAUGUUGGUCACAGAGUUUCUCCGAUAUUCGCUCUUAUCCUCUGUCCUACAAGAGAGCUUGCAAGCCAGAUCGCUGCAGAAGGCAAGGCUUUGCUUAAAUACCACGAAGGGAUCGGUGUUCAGACUCUGAUUGGAGGCACACGCUACAAACUUGAUCAGCAACGACUAGAAUCCGAUCCAUGCCAGAUACUAAUUGCAACUCCGGGGAGGCUUUUGGAUCAUAUAGAGAAUAAGUCUAACAUAACGUCUCGUUUGAUGGCGCUUAAGUUGUUUAGGUUUCAGGAGAGUUGUCCAACAGAUCAUUGA